CCAACCAGAAUAGUAAGAGCCAAUUAAUAAAAGCAGGCUAACUUAUGCAGGGGUGAGGGAAGGUCAAGGAGAUUUCAGCAAGGUUCGAUAAAAUCGAACCGAAACCCAGGAGCAUCUCGUCAAUAGCAAUGGAGUAUUCAUGUGAGCCUCGACCAGGAUUGAGUGGACGGGCGACGGGCAACUCGGGUGCAUCAAAAUGGAACGGUGCAGGCGUGAUGUCAGCUGAGGUACCGGGUCCAGGCCAAAGCCCAAAGCCGAAGCACAAUGUGGACCGUGGGCCCCUGAGGCAAGUGGAGUCAGUCCGUGUUCACUCAGAAAAGGAACUGUUGAAGGAGAUUGAGAAGGCGGCAGCAAUGCUGGUGCCAGAGACAGAUUGGUCUGUUCGCAUGAAUGUCUUGCAGCGAGUACAAGGUCUUGUUGUUGGAGGUGCCUUAGACUUUGAGGCAUUCCCAGGAAUGCUCCGGCAACUGAAAGAUGCCAUUGCGAGCCAGUUACACGAUAGGCGCUCAGCUAUUGUGAGGCAGACAUGUCAGCUGCUAAAUUUUCUAGCCAAGGAGUUGCGAUUUGCAUUUGAGCCUAUGGCGGAGUUCUUCAUUCCUGUAAGUCCAGCAUUUGCUUUGCAGGCUGUUCCCUUUCAUGUUUUCGAGCUAUUCUCAUGAUCAGGAUAAUGUUCUUUUUCCUGUUGAAGUCCCAUUCAGAGGCUUUUCAAACAGAUGCAAUCCCUUUGGUUGCAGUGACCUGUC